CAGACCUAGGAACAGUCGCUACGUGGUGUUUAUAGCUGCCCUUGAGAAGUCACGCGUUCUUCGCAAGAUUCAGCUAUUUCGCACGCCACGGCACGCCGUGCAGAGGUGACAAUCAAGCCAGCGUCCCUGAGGUCUGUGUUCUCGAUUUCUUUUUACAUAUCCCACACAGCCCGUCGGCCGCAACUUGACACGACUGGCGGCCAGCAGCAUACUAUAAAUGGACGGCGCUGGUGGCGGGAUGGAGCUGGGGGAGCGGGACUUCGACACGGCUGGAAGCGGAGAAUCGGCCCUGGCAGCGCUGCGUUCGGCCUCCCUUCCCGAUGAGUUCUGGAUGCUAUCUUACAAGGUGCUGCCCUGCCCGCACGGGUAUCGGCAUAGCUGGACGCACUGUCCAUUUUCACACCAGGGCGAGACGGCGCGGCGUCGCUGCCCGCGGACCCACAAUUACGUGCCGGACCCCUGCCCAAAUGCGCGUGCUAAGCGCCAGUGCCCAAACGGAGACGCGUGCCCAUACGCGCACAACACAUUUGAGCAAUGGCUUCACCCUAGCAGGUACCGCACUCGGCUGUGCUACUUAGGCGCAAACUGCCGGCGCCCCACCUGCUUCUUCGCGCACAGUGUAGAGGAGCUGCGCAGCGUGGACGAGGCCGACAGCAUUGGCGGGCCGACGGCGCCGCCGCAGCCGCUGCCGUCGCUGCCCAUCCCGCCGCCGCUGCCCUCGGGCGGCGGGCUGCUGUCUGGCCACAGCGGCGAUCUGGGUCAGGCGGCGGCGGCCGCGGUGGCGGCGGCACAGGGCGGCCACGGCGCGCCGCCCAUGUCGCCCGCGCUCAUGCCAGCGGCGGCCCUGAUGCCGCAGAGCACGGGCGCGGCAGGCCACCCGCACCACAUGCUGCAGCCGGUGGCCCUCAUGUGCGUGCCGGCGCCGCCGCAGCAGGCCAUGGUGCCGCGUGGCGACAUGGGGCCGCACGGACACGGCCCCGCCGCGUUCCGCGGCCCGCAGCCCAUGGCGGCAAUGCACCCCGCCUCCGCGGCCGCGGCCGGCAUGGGCCACCACCACCCACAUCAUCCCGGCGCCGCCAUGCACAUGACGGCGCUGCACGCCGCGCCCGUGUACUUCACGGCGGCGGCGCCACCGCCACGCGGCAUGAGCCCCAUGCCCGCCGGCACGCCCAUGGCGGCGCACCCUUACAUGGCAGCCACCGGGCCGUACGGCGCCACGACUUACUACACGACGGCGGGCGGGCAGAUGAUGCAGCAACAACAGCAACAGCAGCAACAACAACAGCAACAACAGCAACAACAAGCUGCGGCGGCGGCCGCGAACAGCAGCGCUGUGGGCCGCGCGCGGUCAUGGUCCACGCCCGGUGAGAACCUGCACGGAAACCAGGGGCCUAACAGCCAGGGCUCCAUCAAUGGCGAUGGCCAGCGCGGCCCUAGCAGCGGGGCAAUGUAUAGCGCCAAUGGGCAGGUGUACGGCGACAAUGCAGCCGGUCACCGUGCGGCGGGGCUGCCUCCGGGCGUGGUGGCGGGCCCGGCGCCGCACAGUGCCGGGUACGGCAGUGGCACUGGCGGCUACACCGUGACCUCCCACGUGACCGCCGGCGGCACGCACUACUACACCACCGUCGGCAACAUGGCGGCGGCGGCGGCUGGCCGCGGCGCCGGUGCAGUGCAGGCGGCGGCAGCCGCGGCAGCAGCGGCUGCGCCGCGCCACAUGCCUGCACCUACCAACCGUGGUGGCGCCGCGGCGCGCCGCAUGUCAACGCCCGCCUCCACCCCUGCAUCCGCCGCGGCGGCGGCCGCCGCCGCAGCUGCGGCGGCUGCCGCGGCGGCGAUGCGUCAGCACCCCAGCGCGGCCGGCUCGCCAAGCAUUGAGGAGUCGCUGCGCCAGCUGUCCCUGACCUCGCAGGUGGUUCCUGGCUCCACCACCUCUGCGGCGGCCGGCAUCGCCACCGCCAGUCCCGAGCUGCCCUCGCGUAAGGUCUCUGAGCCGGCGGUCUCCAGCACCGGCACCUCCGCCGUCGCCGCUGCCGGCUCUUCCCCUUUGUCGGCGCCACUGGCGGCCGCCGCCAAGUCAGCGCUGUCGUAUGAGGGCGUGGCGCCUCUAAUGGCGUCCCGCAUGUCCAGCCCCGGCGGCGGCACCACCCCCAGCGUCGCCGACGCCGACGGCCCCGGUGGCGCCGACGGCAGCUCCCUGCGCUCGCCGUCGCCGGCCGGCUCCGGCGGCAGCGGCGCCGCUGCCGCCGCCGAAGAUGCCAUGGCGGCGCUAGCCGCGGCGGCGGCGGCCGCCGCCGCCGCAGGCGAUUCUGCCGACGCCGCCGUUGCCGUGGCCGCUGCCACCAUGCCGUACCAGGUGCUGCUGCAGCAUGUGCUGCGCUCUGCCUCCGCCAGCGCGGCGGAGGGCCCGGGCGCCAGUGCGGGCCUGGACGCGCUGCUGCUGUCGGGCGCCGCUGGCCUCUCGGCCUCGCUGUCGGCCAGCGGCACCUAUGAGGAUGGGGAUGCGGCAGCCGCCGCCGGCGGUGCAGAGCUGGAGGUGGCGGAGGACGGCGAGCGGUCCUCUGACCCGGGGCCCGCCAGCCUGCGGGCCGCCAUUCGCCGGCUGUCCUCGGAGGCGGGGUACGCGCUGCAGCGCAACUCGGACCCGGGCCAGCCCGGCGCGGCCACCACCGCGGCGGGCGUGCAGCAGCUGCUGCCGCUGCUGCAGGUGGUGCUGACGGAGGGGCUGGCCACAGGCCAGUUCGAGCUGGUUAACGGGCAGCUACAGGUCAAGGCGGCCAAGGGUGGUGCUGGCAGUGUGCCGGGCUCCCGCGGCCCCAGCUUCAGCAAGGGCUUGGCGCCUGCGGCACCGGGAUCGGUGGGCGGCGCGUCAGGCUCGGUUGGCUCAGCUGGCGGCUCCUCGACUGGGACCCCGCGCGCAGACGCCCCCGCCUCGGACGGUGUGGCGGCGGUGGUGGCGAUCGGCGGCGGCGGCAGCGGCUGCUGAACGUGCAGAGACCAGGUGCUGCGCAGCCCGUGAGCUCAGGCUGUGGCGGCGGAUGCAGCUGUGGCGGCAGCUGCUGGUGGCUGCUUUGGCAGCAUGAAGGGCACUGAGUAUCGCCAAGCGUACACGAGCAUAAGAAAACGCAUAUGAUGGGAAGGCCUGCUUUGCAGCAAGAUCUGAUAGAUUAGUCGUAUUGGCGGGAGCCGCCCUGCCCCUGGCGGACGUGCUGUUGCAGAGAGAUUUAAAACCAUAUGGGCAGCAGCGGCCUCGCGCUAUGGCCGCGCCGCUGAGCUCGUGCACAUAUGAAACGACGACACAACCACGGUCCCCACGAGACUAACGCUAAUGAUUGUCAAUAAUCUUGAUUAUAACUUAAUCGGUCGCAACCUGAAACGUGCAGAGUCACUACAGUUAAAGCGGUACCCAAUUACCCAAGUAAAUAGUUGGUUGGAUCGGGCCUGGGGGCCUGCGGCACCAUUAUUCGCAUGUGUGUGGAUGCGAUUGGUCACAUGGGAGUGCUUAAACGCGCGGGGCGCUCUCACGUUUGAGGCGGCGCCGGGCUGUGUCUCGUGGACGCCCGCGCGAUGUUGAGCGGGGCCACGGCGCCCGCUGCGCAUCAUCUGAGUACGCCCUUCUGCUUCAUGCGUGGGUGGGUGGGCGGGGUUCCCUGCCGGGGUUGUGAGCCGUGCCGAAUGCACACGAUGCGUCAAGGGGCUGCAAUCUGAGCAGCACAGCAUACAGGGGUGGAGUUGAACAGCUGUACUCGACAGAAAGCGCUGUUGCGCCAGGCAUGCCCACACGGCGAGGUAGGCUGCGGGCGGGUUUGUAGGUCCGCACGCCGGGGCGCCGAUGUUGACACUGCAGCAGCGCUGUGUUGCUAGCACAGGCUCUAGUCGAGCGUAUACGUACACUAUGCUCAUCCCCUACAUUAUUCUUGGGGGUCGGUGGUGGUGCAGCCGAGUGCCAACGGAAUAUGGAGCUGCCAGUGGGAAGAUCGCUAUCGCGGCAAACGCGUGUUGCGGGGACAGAUGUGGCACCCGGGUGGGGAAGGAUGCCUGUGCGGCUGAUGAGGGGUCGUGAUUGUGUGGGUGUCCCCAUCUUGUCUUUUUGUGAUGUGGUGUCUCUGGUAGGCGGCUAGGGUAAGGUGUGAACCGGGUUUUCAUGGUGUGAAUCGGCCAACAGUGCACCAGGCAGACGAGUAAGGAUCGCAUUGCGAGACAGGAAGGCACUGCGGGGCGGCGUGCUAGAUCGCCUAAGGGCCUCCCCAUGUGAUGUGCGUGUGCUUGAACGCUGCCAUUGACAAGGCAAUUAAAGCCGUGUGGGACGGAAGGGAUUGAGGCGAUUCGAUAAAGACGCGAGCAGACAGGGAGCGCACUGCCCUGUGCAAAUGCUGGAUGCUGCUGCUGACGGCAACAACUGCUGAAGUACGGGGCAGUGGGCUUGUGUGGGGGUGCGUGACAUUGCGAGGCAGUGUGUGUUGGUGUUUGGGCUGAGCCCCCGGUGCGCAAGGAGGUACCAGUAGUCGCGGCCAUCUGCGGUGCUGGUGCCCGCUGUUACCGCUGUACAUAGCGACAUGAGUGGGCUGUACAUACACACGCCGUGGCGGCAUCAAUCGGCUUCCGUGUGCGGGGGAAAGCACGCGGGGUUGCCGGUUGGUCGGACGGAAUUUUGUCAUGGAUUGGAGGGGCAGUAAAGGCGGUCGUGCAGGAUAAUGAAACCAACGGACGUGCGGCGUGGGCCGUGGGGUAAUGAGCAUGGGCUGAACGGUUGCCGGCAGGUAUGGCCGGAGUGCAGGUGUUGGGCGGACUGACAGCACAUACGUGCAAGGUAAGCCAAGUCUCCAGA